AUGCCUUUCAUAUCUCAGAUUGAAAGGCAGUCCGAUUACAGCCGCUUCAGUUCCAGUACUCCCAUUGUCAUUGACAACGGUGGUUCUUAUUUCCGUAUUGGGUGGGCUGGAGAGGAUGAUCCUAGGGUCGUAUUCCGAAACAUUGUUCAGCGGCCGCGCCACAAAACCACCGGGGAAACAGUUACUGUGGUUGGUGAUCAUAACCCUGCAUUACUGAGAUAUUUUGACUGCACGCGGUCAGGGCCUCGCUCUGCUUUUGAUGGAAAUGUUGUUUAUCAAUUUGAGAUAAUGGAAUAUAUUCUUGACUUUGGCUUUGAUCGAUUAGGCGCUGAUCAAUCGCAGAUUGACCACCCUGUCUUGAUUAAUGAGUGUCCUUGCAACCCCAACCAAUCCCGUUGCAGAAUGGCUGAACUUCUUUUCGAGUCUUAUGGAGUCUCUUCAAUAGCAUAUGGCGUUGAUGCUGCAUUCAGCUACAAAUACAAUCAAAAGAAAGGGAUUUGUGCAAGUAAUGGUCUUGCUAUAUGUUCUGGAUUUAUGAGCAGUCAUGCUAUCCCGUUUGUCAAUGGAGAACCAGUUUUUGAGGCGUGUUGCCGAACUAAUGUUGGGGGAUAUCAUGUCACUGAUUACCUGAAGCAGCUUCUUUCACUCAAGUACCCUCAUCACAGUACUAAGCUCACUUGGGAGAAAGUUGAAGACUUGAAGAUGGAAAAUUGUUACAUUGCACCAGAUUAUGCGUCAGAAGUUAAAAUAUUUCAGAAAGGUGAUAAAGAAGCUGAGGAAAAGACCAGGUGCUGGCAGCUUCCUUGGACUCCUGCACCUGUUGAGGAACAGCCUUCAGAAGAAGAAAUAGCCAGAAAGGCAGAGAGAAAGGAGAGACAGGGUCAAAGGCUGAGGGAGAUGGCUGAAGCUAAGAGAACAUCUCGUAUUAAUGAACUUGAGAAUGAAAUUAGAGGUUUGGACUUCCUCGUAAAGCAGCUUGAGCAUGUUCCAGAGAAUGAUGUUCCUGCUUUUCUUAGAGAUACAGGCUAUGCCUCUAAACAGGAAAUAGAAUCUAAUCUUGCGAAAGCAACACAGUCUUUGCGCAAAGCAAAGGGUGAACAAGUAGAAAACGAAGAGAAGGGGGAUACUUCCAAUGCUGAAAAGUAUAAUCUUCUUCAUGUCCCUGACGAGAUGCUGACAUCAGAGCAGCUUAGAGAUAAAAAGAGGCAGCUUUUUCUCAAAUCCACAGCUGAGGCUAGGCAGCGAGCCAAACAGAGGAAAUUGGAACAGGAAUUAGAAAGAGAAAAGCAAAUGAAGUUGGAGGAGGCAAAACGCUUAGAGAACCCAGAGUUGUAUUUAGAUCUGUUACGUGCCAAGUAUCAGGAACUUUCCGAGAAAGUAGAACAACGAAAACGCCAAAAGACAAAUGGCAACAACACAAAUGGGAAACAGAAUGGUUCUGGAGGAGUGGGCCGUGGAGAGAGGUUGAAUGCCGCCCAGAGGGAAAGGAUGCGCCUCUUGGCAUCAGCAGCAUUUGACCGUGGGAAAGGUGAAGACACUUUUGGUAGGGAUGAUGAAGAUUGGCAACUUUACAAGCUUAUGAGUAGAGAUAACAACGAUGACGAGGACGAUAAUGAAGCUGACCUUGCUCGUGUGUCUGCUAGAUUGCGGGAAAUAGAUCCCACUUUCGUGCCCAAGUCUGAAACAGGCUCGCCGGCUGAGCCUCCAGGUUUUCGUCCUUUGACUAAGGAAGAUUUUCAGAUUCUUAUGGGAGUGGAGAGGUUCAGAUGCCCGGAAGUUCUUUUUCAUCCCAACCUAAUCGGGAUUGAGCAGGCAGGUUUGGGUGAAAUGGCCGGGAUCUCACUUAGAAGAUUGCCAUCUAACGAUGAAGCACUGGAAGAGAGAAUCACGAAAUCAAUCUUCUUGACGGGUGGUAGUUGUCAAUACCCCGGAAUGAUAGAGCGCUUGGAAACAGAAAUUCGAAUGCUUCGGCCUUGUGGAUCAGCGAUAAACAUCGUGCGGGCUUAUGAUCCAAUUUUGGAUGCAUGGCGGGGAGCAUCUCAAUAUGCUUCGGAUAUGCAAUUGUUCCAGCAGCAAACAUUUAGUAGAGAUGAUUACUUUGAGAAAGGCGAAGAUUGGUUACGGGGAUAUAAGUUUAGGUACACGCUCACGUAA